GUCAAUGAAUGCAGGAGAUGCGAGGCACUUUAAACGCACCACGAGGGAACAUGAAGCCUACAAUGAAGAUGAAGACUUCUUAACAAGGAAACUUCUUACCGUGGUUCGGCCAGAAGAACACCCGUGUCGGAUUAUGGCUAGUUCGUGGUUCUGCUGCACAGUCCUUGUGAUGACAAGUGCAGUCAUCAACUCCACGUUGACGGACACUGACGAGUCGUGCAAUGGUGCAUUCGAUGUUUAUUUUGUCUUGGACAGGUCAGGCAGUGUGUCGGGACACUGGCAUGAGAUCUACGGAUUCGUGGAGCAGCUCACCAACAGGUUCGUCAGUCCCAGGAUGAGGGUGUCCUACAUUGUCUUUUCAGCCCAAUCCGUUGUCAUCCUGCCCCUAACUGGAGACAGGUCCAAGAUUGAUGAAGGCUUGAAUAAACUGAGCCAAAUCAACCCUGCUGGUGAAACGUAUAUGCAUGAAGGCUUGAGGGCGGUGUCGGAGCAGAUGAAAACACAGAUGACGCCAUCUCGCAGCAUCAUCAUCCUUCUGACUGAUGGCAAGCUGGAGGUUUAUCCCUUUGAGCUGAGUGUGCAGGAGGCCGACCAAGCCAGAGGUUUUGGUGCCAGGGUGUACUGUGUCGGGGUCAUGGACUUUGACCACAAACAGCUUGCUGAAAUAGCGGAUGGCGCGGAGCAAGUCUUCCCAGUGCUGUCGGGCUUCCAUGCUCUCAAAGAUGUCGUCAGCUCUAUCCUCAAGCAGUCCUGCUCAGAAAUCUUCACAAUAGAACCAUCAAGCGUUUGUGUAAAUGAGUCUUUCAGUGUGGUGCUGAGAGGCAGCGGCUUCAGCGGAUCCAAAAGGACAGACAACGUUCUUUGCGUUCUCACAGUCAGCCACAACACAUACAGCCAGAAGGCAACAGUAGUUGCAGAUGGUCAUCUGCUGUGUCCAGCUCCUUUGCUGCAUGAGGUUGGACAGUCACUUGAGGUGCUGGUUAGCUUGAACGACGGCCAGUCUUAUAUUUCAGCUCCCAUUACCAUCUAUGCCACAACCUGUUCAGACGGGAGUUGGGUGUUGUGGUUGCUGUUGGCUCUUCUGAUUUUGCUGCUUCUGGGUUUCCUUUGGUGGUUCUGGCCUCUGUGCUGCACCGUGGUGAUCAGAGACCCUCCACCCACUCGUGCGCCUCCUCCCCCUCCAGUAAUUGGGGAAGAGGAAGAUUUCUCCCCCAAACACAAGUGGCCCACAGUGGAUGCAUCAUAUUAUGGCGGGAGAGGUCCUGGCGGAAUCAAACGCAUGGAGGUCCGCUGGGGGCAGAAGGGGUCCACAGAGGAAGGCUCCAGGUUGGAGAAAGCCAAAAACGCCGUUGUCACCAUGCCGGAUGACGUGGAGGAGCCCGUCAUACCUCGACCACCGCCAAGACCUGCUCCACUUUAUAACCCUCUCCCGCAGCACAGAUGGUACACUCCCAUCAAGGGGCGUUUUGAUGCAUUGUCGGCGUUGUUGAGAAGACAGUACAACAGAGUAGCGAUCAUGAGGCCGACGCCACAUGACAAGGGCCGCUGCAUUAACUUCACCAGAGUUCACUGAGACUGAAACACAAGAAAUGUAUCUGGACUUCACACCAUCGUCCUGUUUUGUGAUUAAAUGUAAAUAAUAGUUAUUAAAUAUCUUUUUAUGUAUCCUGGUGUUUUCACUUGGCUAAAAGCAAAAAAGAUGGAAUUUGUGAUUCUUAUU